AUGCCAAAUGGAAAGCAAUCAUUGACCAAAUUAACAGAGCUGUGGAGGUCUAUAAGCCAUGUAUAAAGGAGAAUUGCAGCUGCCACCAAAGCGUCUGGAAGCAGGACCUGGCUCCGUUUCAAGGUGGCAUUUCCAAGGAGAUAAUAUCAGAUGUGGUGAGCCGGAAGCUUGGAACACACUACCAAAUCAUUAAGAACAAGUUAUAUCGUGAGCAUGACUGCAUGUUCCCUGCAAGAUGCAGUGGAGUGGAGCAUUUCCUUCUGGGGAUCAUCAACCGACUCCCAGACAUGGAGAUGGUGAUCAAUGUGCGAGACUACCCCCAAGUCCUCAAGUGGAUGAAGCCUCUUAUCCCAGUCUUCUCUUUCAGUAAGACACCUGAAUACAGUGAUAUCAUGUAUCCUGCGUGGACGUUUUGGGAAGGAGGACCAGCUGUUUGGCCAAUUUACCCAACAGGUUUAGGGCGCUGGGAUCUCAUGAGAGAGGACCUGAGGAGAUCUGCAGAAAAAUGGACAUGGAUGAAAAAAAUCUCCAAGGGAUAUUUCCGGGGAUCCAGAACGAGCCCUGAGAGAGAUCCCCUCAUACUGCUGUCCCGAGAAAACCCAGAACUCGUGGAUGCCGAGUACACUAAAAACCAGGCCUGGAAAUCUGAGAAGGACACCCUAGGGAAACCUCCUGCAAAGGAAAUUCCACUGGUUGAUCACUGCAAAUACAAGUACCUGUUUAAUUUCCGGGGAGUGGCUGCCAGUUUCCGGUUCAAGCACCUUUUCUUGUGUGGUUCGCUCGUCUUUCACGUUGGAGAAGAGUGGCUGGAAUUCUUCUACCCUCAGCUGAAGCCUUGGGUUCACUACAUCCCUGUCAAAGCAGACCUCUCCGACGUCAGGGAGCUCUUGCACUUUGUGAAGGAAAAUGAUGCCAUAGCACAAGAAAUUUCGGAGAGGGGACGCCAGUUCAUCACUGAGCACUUGCAGAUGGAGGAUGUCUCUUGCUACUGGGAGCAUCUGCUGACCGAGUACUCCCAAACACUGACUUACAAAGUGAAAAGGAAGAAAAACUACAAUGAGAUUACUUCUGAACGGCUGAAAACAGAACUGUAGAGACGGUGGUUUUCUUAGUGCCUCAGACUGAUCUCUGUGGAAAUCUGAAGACCCGUGUACCUUCCUUCUAGUUUUCCUAGGCUUAUUGUCCUUAACACUAAAACUGCAGAGCACAGCAACAGGCUAACUUUAAAAAUCUUCCAUACGAUGGGACCCACCUAAACUGUUGCAAUAAGGGCAUUAAAUAGAAUGUUAGAUGCUGAGUAUUUAAUGGAGUAGCUGUGCUGGUGCCUGGAAUAGGGAUGU